AAAUAUUCAAAUAAAGAUAAUAAAGUCAUUGGAUAUGUUACUAGUGCUGAGGUUGAUAUCAAUGAUGUUAAAAAAGCAACGUUCGAGAUCUCUGAUGAAAACUUAGAUGAAUACACAAUGAAUAAAGGUAAUAUAAUGAAGAGUGAUAAUCAAAGAGAAAAUGAAUUUGUUGAUAUUAGGUGUAUUGAAUUCAAAGUGCAUGUAGUGUUGGAGGAUAAUGAGACUGAGUUUGAUGAUAAUAGGAGUGAAGCUGCAGAUGGUAGACUUUGGAAAAAUGAAUUGUGUAUAAAAGCUGGAAUGUGGAGCACUCCAAAUAUUUAUGGUAACAAAGAUUAUAAGAAAGAUAUUGGUUGGAGUAAAUGGGACGUUGCAUAUUGUGACAAAAAAUUGAUUAGUUCAGCAUUUGGUAAUCAUUUCGAAAUGAGAAAACUUAGUAGAAUAGAU